GGUAUCUGUCAAUGCAGUACAUGAUGUAUCAAACGAAUCCUCGCUCUCGCUCGCUGUAGAUUGCCUCAUCUCUCGAGCUGGUAUACAGCUCUUCGCCACACCGCAGCCAUGCUGCAGCCUCGAAUACGAUCGGUCUGCACGCAAUGUCGACAUCACAUCCUUUCCUCUUCCCUGAUUCGAGGAUACGCCUCGUCCGCAGCUGCAGCAGCGACAACUACAGCAUCAGUAACCACCAACGAUGGCGCAACAGCGGCGACUAUCGCCCCACCAUCAAGCAGGCGCAAAACCGCAUUCGAGAUGAAGACCUACAAGCCUCGCACGCCGGGAGUGCGACAUUUGCGCAGACCCAUCAAUGAUCAUCUCUGGAAGGGUGGACCUCAUAGACCCCUCACAUUCCCCAAGAUCGGGCAUGGAAAGGGUGGCAGGAAUAAUACCGGAAGGAUAACGGUGAGACAUCACGGCGGUGGUGCGAGACGGAGGAUCAGAACGGUGGACUUCAAGCGCACGGAACCCGGCAAGCACACGGUGGAAAGAAUCGAAUACGAUCCCAAUCGCAGCGCUCAUCUAGCUUUGCUCGAGAGCGUCGACACCAAGAAAAAGAGCUACAUCAUUGCUGCUGAAGGCAUGAGGGCGGGCGAUGUAGUUGAGAGCUACCGUUCUGGCGUGCCAAAAGAACUCAUCGCCAGUAUGGGUGGCACGGUGGAUCCGGGCAUGCUAGCAGCAAAGACGGCAUUUCGAGGCAACUGCUUGCCCAUGCACAUGGUCCCCAUAGGAACACAGGUCUACUGCGUGGGCUCCGCUCCUCAGCGUGGCGCAGUGUUCUGUCGCAGCGCAGGGACAUACGCCACCGUCAUCGCGCGGGAUGAGUACGGGUCUCGUGUCCGAGACGUCACGGUGCGUCUGCAGAGCGGCGAGAUCCGCAAAGUGAGCAAAGACGCUUGUGCCACCGUCGGUGUCGCUAGCAACCCUCAUUGGCAGUUUCGUCAGCUCGGAAAGGCGGGACGCAGUCGCUGGCUGAACAUUCGGCCUACGGUGCGAGGUGUGGCGAUGAACGCGGCAGAUCAUCCUCAUGGUGGUGGAAGGGGUAAGAGCAAGGGCAAUGUGCAUCCAGUGUCUAUUUGGGGAACUCCGGCGAAAGGAGGAUACAAGACAAGGAAGAAGCGAAACCCGAAUUCCUGGGUGGUGCAGAAUCGGCCGCGAAACCAUGGCAAGCGGCGCGCGAAAUAGGCCAUAUACCAUGGUUGGCAGAUGCGUGGGACUCUUCCGAACGUCACUCUGUAUAUAUAGACCGCAUAGCGAGCUGUGGACAAUCGACAGUUAGAGACAUGCCGAGCCAAAUCCGACAUCGCAC